UAUCCGAGUGGCCACGAGCCGAAACGUUUCCGGUAUAUGUCGCCCGCGUUUUAAAAAAAAAUCCUCGCGACAACAACCUCGCACAAGGCUUCUCUUCUCCUAAAAAUAACUCCAGAAUCAGGAUCCGCCAUUAAGGUCAACGACACGUUUCGAGGAAACUCUGUUUUAAAUCAAGAGGCAAACGAGGCCUCGUUGUAAUUAAACGGAAGGAUGUGGUUGUCGAGGACGUCGCUCCUAUUGGUACUAGUCGGGCUGGCGAGUUCCGAGAAGAAUAAUGAGGACGAUGCGUCCAGCGUCUUCAUCGAGGAAGCUAAAAACCUCUUUUCCCAGAAGUCGCUCCAAGACAUGGCCCAGACUUUUGCGCAGUCAGAUUCCGCCAAGCAAGUCCGCGACAUGAUAUUCGAAAAAAGAUCCGCGGCGGACGAUGUCGGCCAGCUCAUCUCCGGGCUGAGUAGCUUGAUGUCAGGUGGACAAAAUAAUCAAGGUUUCGAUUUAUCAAUGGUGGGCUCAAUUCUGAGCGCCUUGAAUACUGGUAAGAGAUCGACGAGAGACUCGGAACACAACGAGGAUUCCGGUAUAGACUGGGCGAGCAUAGUCAACAUGGGCAGCAUGUUCUUCCAGCAAAAUGCAAACAGCGACAUGGCAAUGGGUCUUGUGCCAAUGCUUCUAGAUGCCCUAGGUCACGGAAUGAAUGACAACGAUGCCGGGAAUAAAGAUCACUCUGGGCACUCCUGGUUCUUGCCACCAGUAUUGGAGAACAUUCACGUCAUGUGGGAGCAUUUCAGUAAUUCGGAACUUGGGCAAACGUUAUGGAAGAACAGCGGUCUAUCAAAAGUAAUUGCUCAAAUGACGGACGAGAAAGGCAAUAUCCUCUGGGAGAAGAUCCUGGACAGUUUUGAACAUCCUGCUAUACGUCGAAGGUGGAUCAGAUCGCUCACGAAUUUUGUGGCCGAAUGGAUCUCUCACGUUUCUGAUCCGGUAAAUCAACAACGUUAUCUCACGACCAUACAAUUCGUCGGUAAUAGCUUUCUAAAGUCUCAGGGAUUUCCAAAAACAUUGAUGUUCGAUGCCACAAAACCAGCGGAGAGUAUCUCCAGAUUAGCAAAUGGGAUAGCGAAGAGAUACCUAAACAUGAACGUCGACAGCUCGCAGUACGUAAGGCCGGCGAUAUCCUAUUUCCAGGAAUUAAUGAGCUUGGCCUCCGAAAAAGGAUUUAUCAUGUCCCGCGUAAAUGCACGAGAGCUAAGCAACAGACUAACCGAUAUCAUUAACAAUGAUUUCAUCGGCCCUAUUCUCAAGUCGUAUCGUGCGUACAAAUGGGCGACGAAGAUGCCGCAAUGUGCUAGUCAAAUCUUAUGUACCAUAAAUGAGAAGAGUCAGCAACGUGAAGACGCCAGCAAUGAGCUAUUUGAACGUGUACGCAACAAAUUGCUGAGGGUAGCAAGUUUCCCCGCGGCUUGGGCAGUCAGUAAUAAGUUAGGAACUAAUUUCUGGCCCCUCUACGGAGCCAUCAUGGAGCAUGAGGGAUGCAUUAGCAAAUACCCAGCAGACUGCACCGCUUUCCAUGAAGAGGAGAUCAGAGUAACUACGGAAAACAUUCAUAGCGAACUUUGAGUUUAGCUCGACAGCGAUCUGUGAAAGACAUUAAUUGCUAAGUCGCCUCUAAGAUUAAAAGAAUGUGCCGCGAAGCCGUGUUCUUAUUUAUUCCAUAAUUCUAACAUAUUUAUUGCACAAAAAUAAAAUGCGCCUAACGAAAUUGCAAUGAUAAUUGCGGCGGAAUCAAUUUGACAGAAGCGACUAGAUUAUUAAGGAGUGUUUCUACAUUUUCUUUGCAUGUACAAACAAAGAUGUUAUAAAACAUCAAUUUUAAAUAUUAAAUGUUAAUAAAACGUAACCAGAGAAACGCUUAGAAGAUGCCGUGAAGAUAUCUAAAAGACGUUCUUAUCUCAUGAGUGUCUAAUGUGGUCUACUGAUUCAAACCACAUUUUUUUUAUCUUUGUAUUAUUUACAAAUAAGUUCGUGCUCAAGAACCAAGAGUCUCAAAAAAAGCAUACAAUAUAUGCAAAAGGCAAUCCAACUUUUUCGACAUUUUAAACAAUGAUUACAUUUAAGUUAAAAAUUACAUUUUAAAAAACUGCGCUAAGUUUAGCUUCUCUUAAUGACAUUACAAAAUGAGAUUGAUACUGUUUAAUGACAUUUUUAACUAUAAUAUUUUUUCUUUUAAGAAACAAAUUAGUAUCAGAAUUUUAUCACACGUAUCAUAUUAAUAAAAAUAUGUGAUGCUUUAAUUAUUACAAACCGCAAUGACCUCAUUCGUGUGGAAGACAAAAACAUCACGCGAUAUUUUCAUCUUGAAAGAUGGACGGUUAAGAUUUUAAGAUCAUUUAUAAUAAUAUAAACACGUCAUUUCUCUGAUAUUUUAUAUCAAAAGUAACUGGGCCACCAAUGUGACAAAUACUUUAGUUAAUUAUAAAAUAUUACGAGAUAAAAUUGAAUUUCUUAAAUAUCAAAAAAUUUACUUCUAUAUUCAAACGUCAUUAAGAGAAAUUUAAAAGGUAUUUUAAAUUAAUUAUCAAUGUCAUAUAAAAUUAUCAAUGUCAUUCUGGUACAAAAUUGCAGCACGGAUCCAAUAACCGCGCAUUGUACGAAAAUAAUAUUUGGUACAGAUUUUAAUCAUCUCUAAUGAGGAGCUGUUGAAACCUCGCAGCAUUAUUCAAAUUGCAAUUCUUUUUACAAUUGCUAUAAUAUAAUAUAAUAUUUGUCGAUUUAGAUAAAAGAAAGUGCAGUCAUGGGUACUUUGUGCAUGCUGCACAUUAUGCUUUAGCGUGUCCUCGCGAUUUUUCUUCGCGAGUGCAAUAACACGUGGUGCUCAAAUAUCUAUAUCAUACGUAUAAGUACAAAUAUUGUAUUAAUAAUUGUAUCUAUAUAAAUUACACGUCGUGUCUCUUUCCUCUUGUUCCAUCUCUCUUUAUUAGUUCUUACUAGACAAAUCUAUAAAAAAAUCUAAUCUAUUAUAGUUAAAACAUCAAGAAGGCACGUUAGUUUGCAGUAUAUAUUUUAUGGACUCGCUAUUACACUCUCUUUUAUGCGAAAAAUAGAACUUCUCGAGUCCGAAAUGGACGGAAGUCCGACAACUGGAUAUGUUCGAUAUGACGACGGGUUUGUAAAGACUCACGUUCGACAUUCGUACGUUAUUCAUAUCGAAUCCACAAACAACAAUUGUUCUCAGUAACUUUUUGUAAAUAGUAGUUAAAAGAUAUAAUAAAUAAAGAUCAUGUGUAAAAU